GAGUAGCACCGCGGAGGCAGCUUUCAAGACCCUCCCGCGUCCACCCAGCCCUGAGGCGAGCCCUGUCCUGUCCGCCACGCCACGCGCCUCACGACCCAACGAAAACACGCCCACGCACGAUCCGGAAGCUAUGGUGGUGCCAACACGGACGGGCGUGGUCGUGGGCGUGGCGGUGGCGGCGAUGGUGCUCCUGCCUGCGCCCUGCCUCUCGCUCACCAUUCACCCCGCCGUGCUCAGCAACUUUGUCGGUCCUUACCGCAAGCCUGGGGAACCCGUGCUGCGUCCCAAUGUUGAGCCGGUGCGUCACCACGACGGCCCCGCCCCAGCCUCCAGCCUCAGGUUCAGCCCGGCCCAGCCCUUCGCAGCCAAGGAACCCUUCUUCCCUGUUGCCCUCACCGGCUCCUCCCCGUCCCGAGAGUGGAACAGACCCCUUAGGUCGUGCGCGGGGUCAGCCUCGUGUGCCCAGAACAUGGACAACACCCUCAACCUGCUCAUGCGCAUGAUGGAGACCGGCAGGCGGCGCUAGCAGGAGGCACCAGGGGCACAUAAGGGAGUGUGAGACCAGCACCAGCCACCACAGAUCAUGACUUAAGCAUACAUAUUCCUCCCCUGCCCCAGCCCUGCCCACCGCCUUGCUAAUCAACAUUGCCGUGGCCACAACACCGUUUCUGCCACACUUGCACAGGCAGUGACAGAUGUACUACUUUUUUUUUGGCGUCACUAAGGAAUAAAAUGUUUUAACACUCA